AUGGAGUGGGAGACCAAAGGCUCGAGGCGACGCCAGCAGUUGGCUGCCCAGAUCCCAGACGAGUGGAAGUUGCCUGUCCCAUUCCAGUCUGAUAGUCUCGUAAAUGUCAAGGGCAUCCCCGCGGAGAGUGGCAUCCUCGGUCCUCUGGAUAUCGAGAUUACUGAAUCUUCCGCCGACGAGAUACUGGCGAAUGUCAGGAAAUCACAAUGGAGCUGUGAAAGGGUCAUGUUGGCCUUUUGCAAGCGAGCCACGAUUGCUCACCAGCUGGUGAACUGUGUUACGAAUUUUCUCAUUGAAGAGGCUCUGGAAACAGCUCGGGAGCACGACAAGUAUCUUGCAGAUACAGGUCAGGUCAGAGGCCCGCUGCAUGGUCUACCUAUUUCUGUGAAGGACUGUCUCGAUGUGGCCGGACAUGAAACGACAUCUGGUCUGGUGUCCAGAAUUGGGUUUGUUGCAAAAGAGGACGCUCUCGUGAUCCGCUGCCUCCGACAAGCAGGAGCCAUCCCAUUUGUCAAAACCAAUCUCGCCCAAGCAACGCUCUUGGUUGAAUCGACAAACAAUGUCUUUGGGCUUGUUACAAAUCCUUCAAAUCGUCAAUUGACCGCGGGUGGAUCCUCUGGAGGUGAAGGUGCCUUGAUCGCACUAUUUGGCUCUCCUUUGGGUGUUUGCACGGACGGAGGCGGUUCGGUUCGGCUUCCUGCAUCGUGGAAUGGAGUAUAUGGAUUCAAACCUUCUGCCACCCGGAUUCCAAGCCUGGGAUCUCGUGGAGUGGGCUACUCGGAUAGCAAUUUGGGUUGCACAGGAGUAAUUGCCAACCAUAUCGAGACCCUCAGUCUCUUCAUGAGCUCGGCUCUCAGCGCAUGCCCGUGGAACAAUGACGCCGACUGUGUGCCAAUUCCUUGGAACUCGAGAAUAGGUAUCAGCAGGAAAUUAAGACUCGGCCUGCUGUUUGACGAUGGCAUCACACACCUCACUCCACCCGUGCUCCGCGUUUUGAAAGAAAGUCAAGAAAAAUUAGCAGCAGCAGGACAUGAUGUGAUAGUCCUGGACUGGUCUGAUCUUCAUUUGCGUGGUGCUCGUAUCAUCUUUACUAUGUACACACAAGAGGGUGGUGUCGGGGUCAGAGAAGCAUUGGAUAUCUCUGGCGAGCCUCCUGUACCUCGACUUGCCACCGGUUGGUCAGAGAGACCAUUGACACCCAUUGAGAUAUGGAAAAAUCAUCGAGCCAGGAAGCAACUUCGUCUAGAUUACUUGAGAAGGUGGAAGCAACUCGACCUGGACGCUAUAAUCACGGCCCCGUCGCCUCAUCCAGCACCUCCUCAUGAACAAUACAUAACCACAGCCCUUUCCGCCAUCUACAACUUACUCGACUACCCUUGCUGUAUCGUUCCGGCUGGCGAAGUCAAUCUCGAGAAAGAUGUUGCAGAUGAAGCUUGGUACGCUCGGGCACCUUACGACAAGAUACCAAAUUUUCCCUACGACUUCGGCGACGAGGAAUUGAAGAGCUUAUAUAAAGGGCCUGAAGUCUUUGCCAAUAGCCCUCUCGCGCUGCAGAUAGUAGGAUUACCAUGGCAGGAGGAAUUGUGCUUACUUAUAUCGCAACGCAUUGACGAUAUAAUCCACCACAGAUAG